GGGAGCAGCGGGAGGAGUUCCGCCAACACUACCCAGACUUUCAGCUCGAGGACGAGCUGUUUGCGCAGGCGGGGAGAGAUGUUAUGACCGGCCGGACCUAUGGCCGUAGGAGGCCCACCGGGCAAGCUUAGCCCACAAGUUAUCUUAGUUUUAUUUCACGUCAUGGUUAUAUAAACAAGUUACAAAACUAUUUUCAGAUUUAAGCAAUAAGACUAUUCUAUUGCCCGGCUCCCAGAGGAGCCGGAAACCCUAAACCCUAGCCGCCUCCUGCCUUCGCCGCAGCCGCACCUAGCGCAAGGACGGCGCCACGCCGCCGGCCGCCGCGCUCCAGCCCUCGCCCUCCUCCCUCGUUCCCCUACAACCUACACCCAAGACCGGGGAGAACCCUAGCUCCUAUCAGCACUAUACUUGUUUGUUUGCACGAAUUUGGCUUCUUGGAAGAAAAGCAACAAAAUACAUCAAAUACUCCCUCCAUUCCUAAAUAUAAGUCUUUUUAGAGAUUCUAAUAUGGAUUACAUCUGAAGCAAAAUGAGGGAAUCUACACUCUAAAAUACGCCUAUGUAGUCCAUAUUCAAAUCUCUAAAAAGACUCGUAUUCAGAAACUGAGGGAGUAGAACACAUAUAAAUUAACUACUCACUCUGGCUCAUAACAACGACAAAUUUCAAGACGAAUUAGUCCUUGAUGCCACUCAAAGAUGCCUGUGCGUCAGAUGAGAUACUUUUGGAGGUACAGGGGCGGGCAAAGGGCACAAGCUUCGAAGUUGUUCAGACGCUUCACCGUCACAACCUCUGGAUAAACUCCAAUGGAGGAUUGAUACUUUUUCAUGCUCAUGACACCGGAAGAGGAUCCUCUACCGUUCGGCAGCCUGCCGUUCUACCACUGACAUGUGGGCCUGUGGGAAACCUGGCCCACAUGUCAGCGGCCCAACGUCACCUAGCGCACGGCAGAGGAGCCGUGUCCCAUGAAACCGGGGCAAAAGUACACCACGUUCACGGCCGCAGAGGGGAACCUCUCGGUGGAGAGGGACAGGCAUGCCCCAUCCCCAACGAACACAGCGCGGCAUCGGCGGUGUCCUCUUACCUUAUGAAUUUUUUAAAAUUUGCGAGCCUUCUCAAAUCCUUGAAAAUUUUCAAAUUCGUAGACUUUUUUCAAAUGGGCGAACAUUUUUAUAAUUCAUAAGCUUCUUCCAAAUCCAUGAACUUUUUUCAAAUUCAUGAACAUAUCUUAAAUACAUGAAUAUAUUUUUGAAUUCGUGAGCAUUUUUUUAAAAAAUUCGCCCAUAGCUUGUGGGCUGUGAGCGCCAUAGCGACCUUUUGGCGCCUGAAGUGCCUAUCCAUCUAGAGAUACUCCAGAGAUGGAUUGAUUAAUUAGCCGCCCACUUCGCUGCACUAAGUAAUCGGAGUCACCAAUGCAUGCAUAUCCAUCUAGAGAUACUCCAGAGAUGGAUUGAUUGAUUAGCCGCCCUGUAUCUUCGCUGCACUAAGUAAUCAGAGUCACCAAUGCAUGCAUAUCCAUCUAGAGAUAUAGAUACUCCAGAGAUGGAUUCAUCUGAGUCUAUUCAAGACACGACCUCCAAAUGAAGGACGCACGCUCAACCGGAUACUCCACUAUUUUUAGGGGAUCGGUUAGAAAUGCCCUAACAAGGUUGUUGGAGGAAUCAGUUUAGGGAACAUAUCAUUUCAACCAUCGACAUAUUGAGUUCUCUCCUCACCAAUGCAUGCAUAUCCAUCUAGAGAUACUUCAGAGUGGAUUGAUUAAUUAGCCGCCCUGUAUCUCGCUGCACUAAGUAAUCAGAGUCACCAAUGCAUGCAUAUCCAUCUAGAGAUAGAUACUCCAGAGAUGGAUUCAUCUGAGUCUAUUUAAGACACGACCUCUAAAUGAAGGACACACUCUCAACCGUCUUUCUGGCUUGAUUGAUCAUAGCCCUAGGAUAGAGAUCGGAGGCAUCAACCAUGUCUGUUUUAUAUGCUUGUAAGCUCUGCUUCCUCCUUGCUCUGCUGAAUUCGGCCAGCCACGCCGUCGCCGGCAAUGUGGCACCACCGACACUGAGCGCCGGAUUCAGUCUGCCUAUCGUGUCCAACCACAACACAGCCGGCGGGCUCGGGCAGUUUGACGCGAACCUCACGAGCAUAGGUCCGCACAUAGCACCCGUGGGGUGGCCCUUGUACGGCGUCCUCGUCGGCGUUGGCUCUGGCCAAACCCGGCACUUUUACAAGCUCGGGCUGGACCUCGUCGGCAAUCUGACGUGGAUGCAGUGCAAGCCCUGCGUGCCCGAGGUUCGGCAGGAGGGCGCCGUCUUCAACUCUGCUGAGUCCCCUCGCUACAAGCACAUGAAGCCCGCAGACCCCAAGUGUACGCCCCCCUACACCCCCUCCGGCCAGAACCGGUGCAGCUUCUACACCACCUCCUGGAACGUCGCCGCGCACGGCUACCUCGGCAGCGACACGUUUGCCUUCGCCGGCAGCCCCGGCGCAGGAGGACACAACAGGGACGUUGACAACCUCAUCUUGGGUUGCGCACACACGACGAACGGGUUCGAGCACCUGGACCACAACAUUCUCGCCGGGGUCCUGAGCUUGAGCAGGCACCCGACGUCGUUCAUGAGCCAGCUCACCGCACGCGGGCUGGCCGACUCACGGUUCUCAUAUUGUCUCUUCCCCGGACAGAGCCACCCCAACGCCAGGCACGGGUUCCUCCGCUUCGGCCGCGACAUCCCGAGGCACGACCACGCGCACAGCACGCCGCUGCUGUUCACUGGAUCGGGCUACGGCCAAAGUAGCAUGUACUACAUCCACGUCUUCAGCAUCAGCUUGAACGGGAAAAGGCUUAACGGGGUAAAGACGGCGAUGUUUAGGCGGGAUCCACAAACCCGUCGCGGGGGGUUCGUCGUCGACCCCGGGACUCCCCUGACCAGGCUGGCUCGCGCGGCGUAUGACGUCGUGGAGGCCGAGGUCGCGGCAAACAUGCACAAGCAGGGGGCGCGCCGCUCGACGGUGCCGGUGCAGGGGUACCGCCUCUGCUUUGGCUCGUGGGGCCACGCGCACCUCCCGAGCUUGACCGUGACCCUGUACGAAGACGCGACCAGGCUUUUUAUCAAGCCGGAACUGUUAUUCAUGAGGGUGAACCAUGAGCACCUGUGCUUCGCCGUCGUGCCGGACGAGGAGAUGACGGUGCUCGGCGCGGCGCAGCAGGUGGACACGCGGUUCACAUUUGACCUCCCGGGGAAUCGUCUCUACUUUGCCCAGGAGCAUUGUAGUGCUGACACUCGCCCAACUGUCUAGAUCCUAGAGAGUACUAUAUGUAUCUGCGCCAAAUGCAUUCAUCAUUAGUUGGUGCAUAAACCGAUGUGGGAACAAUUUAAGAAUAAUGGGUUACAUUCCUAAUUAUAAUGCUGAAUUUAAUGAUGAUGAUUGGUGCAUUCUUACCCUACCCUCUUUGGAAGCAUUUUGCAGGAUGUUUAAGUAUGAAAGAUUCGCUGUUUUUUCUUUCCUUUUAGUAUUCACUAUUUACUAUG